AAGGUCACGCGGCUUGGCGGCGGCGGAGCCGGACGAAAUCCAGGGUUCCCAUCGGCGGCCUUCCUCCCGGGAAGGAGAAAGGGAGGGACGGAUGGAUGGACAGGAGGAUGGGCGGAGCCCUGGCCGCGGGGCUUGUGGCUGGAGGCCCUGGGUCGUAAUCCGCCCCUGCCCCUCAGGUCGGCUACCGCUGCCACCGCCCCCCCCGCCGCCCCAGCUGGGGAGGGAGGCCCCCCUGCGCCUCCUCCAAACCUCACCAGUAACAGGAGACUGCAGCAGACCCAGGCCCAGGUGGAUGAGGUUGCUAGGCAUGUUCUCUGUGUGUCCUUGGCAUGUUAGCCUGGCACCAUCGGGGUGCAUGUUCUCUGUGGGUGCACGGUUGAGGAGUGCCCUCAUUGAGGCGGCCUUGGCACACCCCCUGCCUCGCGGGCCCCUCCCCCAGGUGGUGGACAUCAUGAGGGUGAACGUGGACAAGGUCCUGGAGCGGGACCAGAAGCUGUCAGAACUGGACGACCGUGCAGAUGCCCUCCAGGCAGGGGCCUCCCAGUUUGAAACAAGUGCAGCCAAGCUCAAGCGCAAAUACUGGUGGAAAAACCUCAAGAUGAUGAUCAUCUUGGGAGUGAUUUGCGCCAUCAUCCUCAUCAUCAUCAUCGUUUACUUCAGCUCUUAAACCCCCGAGGAGCCCGCCCUGCCCAGAGAAGGGCCUCUCCCCACCCCCCCCCCCAUCCCCAGCCGCUCCUCCACCUCUCAGCCAUAUCUUCCAGCCCCCCCUCCCCUGGAUCCGCGUGUGUGUGUCCCUGUGUGUGUGCCCCCCCUGUAAAUAGCCAGCUGUUAUUUAUACAUAUAUAAUAUUAUAUAUAUUUGGUCUGUUUGUAGUUUUAUUACUAGAAGAUUUUUCCGGUUGUCCUUAACACCCCUUCCUGAAGUUCCCAUCUCUUUUCUCUUUUCCUCCCGCCCCUUCCCUCUCUUCCUGACCAGCCCCUAGUCCUUUCAUUUGCAUCUGCUAUGCAAUAGUCCCUCUUCCUCUCCUCUUUCCCUUGGAUUUAGCUGAUCCUUCCUCCCACCCUGGCCUUCCCUGCACCCCCACCCCCAACAAAAAACAAAAAACAAAAAGCAACUGUCCAGGCCUCCCUAGGUGCAUCUUUGCAUUGUCGGGAGGCCCUGAGACUGGCCCCACUUGGUCCUAAGAAUCCCAAGGUCUUCUGGGAGCUUCCAGCAUGUUAAUUAGCCUCAUUUACAUACUGACAUCCCUUUUGGUUUCCUUCUCUUUUGUUCCAUCAUCCUUCAUUCUUUCAACCCGUGUUGCUUUUUUACUGAGGCGCUAGUCCCCAUGGUCCUUGUAUCACUUUCAUUUGCAUGACGUUACUUGCAGGUGGUGGGAGCCUGGGCUUUUGGGGAGCCAGAACCUUCUGGCCCCCAGAAUCACCCCCUCCUAGCCCCCUCUAGUCCAGUUUGCCUCCCCUACCCCCAUUUUCCAAACCUCUUGUCCCCUCCCCUCCCUCCCCCCUCCCCCCAGCUGGUGUGGAAGUGUCUCGGAGUUCAGUGUGUCAUGAAGGACCAAUAGUUUUGCCACUUGGAGUCUCUCCCCACAUUCGUGCUCCCCAGUUUUCAUGUGGGGCACUCAACCGACAUUCCCAUGGGGUCUCCCUCCCUCCCAUCCGCCUGAUCUGCCUCCUCCUCCUCCUCCUGCCGGGAGAGUUUGGGGGUUGGCCGCAAUCUGACUCUUUUGGGAGAGAUGGCUGCCAGUGUGUGGGGGGUCAUCACUGCCUUGGGGAGGAGUGGGGCAGGGCAGAGAAUCCCCCCAAUUCCUGCCUGAGAUCUGGCCCCACCCUUGCUGGGGGUUGGACUGAAAACUCCCCUCCCUAAUUUGGGGGGGUUGUGGCUCCCAUCACUGCCCAGCUCCUCUGACUGCCCCCCUGAAGUCAGGGCGGGGGUACUAGUCACUGCCAAUGAGUGUAUGGGACUUGCUGGAAGAUGGGGAUUCUCGCCCCUUUCCAGGGCAGUCGAGCCCAGAGCGUUGUCUCCUCCUUAGGUGAAGUGAUAGAGGAAGGGUCUAAUGUCUUUUUAAAUGGCACAAUUUUAGGGGUCUGAGGGUACAGUCCCUUAAUCUGCUGGAGGGGACCCCCCCCAAACUCUUUCUUCCCCCCACACUCAAGGUUUCUGUGUGGACGGGGGAGCAGGGAGAUCUGAGCUGUGGUGUGAAAGGGUAGGGAGAGAUGCUGGGGUGGGGGUGUUGUGUUCUAGACCCCCCCAUGUUAUCCCAGUGUCCCCUGCCCCCCUUCCCUCCCCCAUGCCCCCAAUUCUGUGACGCAUCCAGAUUGUGAAAAUGUACAAUAAAUGUGUAAUGAGUACAGCU